CACAAGCGAAUCUUGAGACGCGGCAGCCACCUGAGCGGCCGGCCUCUAGGUCUUUGCCCUGCCGCCACUGGGCGGGAACGUGGCGCAAAGGAGCCCUUUCCCCCUUCCUCCUUCGCCUUCAGAAGAGACGCAGCUGCCGCCGCCGCCUCUCAAAGUUUUCCCUGCGGUGUUUUGUGCCGCUUUCUUGGUUGGUUUUCUUUUUUUUAAGCCUGCCCCUCAGGCGGGGAAGAGGCGCGAGCCUGUAUACCGCCAACUUUGCGCGUAGAGGGAAGCCCUGAGGGGGAUGGAGCAGCUUCGCUCGUGAACUUGUCCACGGAGAGGUAGAAAAGCCCGAAGUGGAGAAGGAGAAGGAAGAGUGCCAGCCAGCCCUGGGCAGGAGAGGAUGGUUGCGCGCACCGAGUAAUGUGAACAUGAUGUCUUAUGAGAGCCAAGUGUGGUGUUACCAGUGGAAAUGGAAGCUCCAUUUGCUGUUCCUAUUUACUCUGUAUCUUAUAUGUGUACAGUAUUCAGCUCUCGGGUGUUCUGAGUGUCGUAUGGUGCUAUCCAGCCCUACAGGAAUUUUUACGUCCCCCUGCUUCCCUAGUGUCUACCCUAACAGUCAAGCAUGCAAGUGGACCAUCAGGGCACCUUCUGGAUUCAUCAUUCAGAUAACAUUCGUUGAUUUUGAGAUUGAAGAAGCUCCCAACUGCAUUUAUGACUUUUUGACGAUAGGAGAGAAAAAAGUUUGUGGUGUCACUGCCAAAGGUUUAUCCUUUAACUCAACUGGAAAUGAAAUGAUUGUAACUUUUACAAGUGACUUCAGUAUCCAAAAAAAAGGUUUCAAUGCCAGCUAUACCCGAGUUGCUGUGUCUUUGAGGAAUCAAAAAGUUAUCAUCCCACAAUCCCUAGAUGUUGAUUCUGUGUCUGUGGCAAAUUCCAUCCAAGUACCAGAACUGAAUCAGUUCACACUGUGCUUUGAAGCAAAAGAGAACAGCAGCGAAAGCAGUGAAUGGAAAGUUUUCUCCUAUGGUGAUUCUUCUACAGAAUUCAUUGGUUUUGGAAGGACAAAAAAUGGACACUUCAUAUCUAUCUCAGGCAUCGAAUGUAUUUUAGAUGAUGCACUUGACACCAAUCCUAAUGGAGACUUCUUCACAGAAACAUUUGAGCAGCUUUGCAUUAUAUGGGAUAGCCUCUCAGGCACUGUAGGUAUCAGUGUCAAACACGUGUACAGAACAGUAUCCUGUUCAAAUACUUAUGGGAAGGUCAUUCCUGGCAAUGGGAAGUUGGUUCUGGGCUCUAAUAGAAAUGAUAUAAAUCCUCUCAAUGGGGAUAUUUACAACUUCCGGCUUUGGAAUUUUACAAUGAGCUCCCAGAUACUCUUUAACCUCAGCUGUGACGUCAAGGGCAACAUUGUAGACUGGGAAAAUGACUUUUGGAGCAUCCCAACAUCAUCAUUAAAAGCAGAGAACAACCUGAGUUGUGGUUCAUAUCUCAUUCCCCUACCUACAAUUGAACCUACUAGCUGUGCAAACCUGGGAAGCCUGUGCCAAGCUACUGUAAAUUCCACCACUCCAUCACCCACUGUUACCACUAACAUGCCUGAUACUAAUAGAACUGAUAACCAAAACUAUGGGGGACUGUUCUACAGAAUUGCCAUUACUGUCUAUACUUCCAACCUUGAAUCAGAGUCAAGUGUUCAGAAUGCAGUUGCAGAAUGGCUAAAUCACACCUUUCAGAAUUGGAAUUACACUGUAUAUGUGGUCAAUAUAAGCGUUCAGCUGAGUACUGUGAAAGAAGGAGUAAGGGAAAAGAGAAGCACAAAUCAUCAAAGUUUUGAUGUCCGGGCUCUUCUGGUUUAUAAUUCUUCCAGCAAUGUAAGUUUAGAAAAGCAUAUGAUAGAGAAGAAACUUAAAAGCAGCAAUGAGACUAUGGGAAAUGGCUUGAAACUUGAUAAAGUGGAUGUUAAUCCAAUUGAAAAAUGUGAGAGGGAAGAAUACCCGCUAAAUUACUUUUGGACAGAAACCAGACCAACAGUGACUGACUUCACACCAUGCCAAGGCAGCUCUACUCAGAAUGCAUCAAGAACAUGCUUUCUAAAUCUAGGUAACUACACAUCAUAUUGGGGUGCUCCUGACCUUAGAAACUGCACAGAUAAUGCAGCUGAUAUAGCCAAUCAGCUUCUGAAUCUGACAGGAGAAGGGCAGCAGUUGACUUCAGACAAAGUAAAUGAUGUUAUCCAGAAGCUAAAAAAAAUUGUGAAUGAUGAAGAAAUCAAUGAAUCCCUGGGUUCUACUGUGGUCACAAUAUUUUCUAAUAUCCUGACCAGUUCUGAUAGUGUUUUGGCAGCAUCGUCUUCUGAAGCCAUAAAGACAAUUGAUGCCUUAGCACUGAAGAUUCAGUUUGCAGGGCCUUCCAUGAGCAUCUCAACACGGAACUUGGCACUUGGUGUUUCAUCUUUGAAUUCAACUUUGUUCAAUGGCUCCUCUUUCAGUGUUGGUCCCCAAAACAAUGCUUCAGACUUUCAGAUUGAUUUUGACAAAAUUCAAGAUAAUUCCCUGGCUUCGGUUGCUUUACCUCCAAGCUUACUAUCCCAGUUAAGUCCAGAAGAACUUGAAGCUAUAUCCAGAGCUCAGUUUACUUUUUUCAAUAAAAAUGGACUCUUCCAGGAUGCAGAAGCUCACACCAACUUAACCAGUUAUGUGGUGGCAUGCAGUAUUGGCAAUAGUACCAUCCGUGAUCUUCAAGAUGCUGUGAAGAUUACAAUUAAGCAUACAGUUAAGCAGGAUAAAAUCCAGAAGGCUCCUAAACCCACCUGUGUCUUUUGGGAUAUGAACAGAAACAAGGGCCAAGGUGGGUGGAAUUCUGCAGGCUGCCUUGUGCAAGAGGAAUCAAAUGAAAACGAGACUGUCUGCUUAUGCAAUCAUCUCACACACUUCGGGGUGCUGAUGGACCUGCCAGGAACUGCUCUACAAAUAGAUACUGAAAACACCAAAGUCCUCACGUUUAUAACGUACAUUGGUUGUGGAAUUUCUGCCAUAUUUUCAGCCGCAACUCUUCUGACGUACAUUGCUUUUGAAAAAUUGCGAAGAGAUUAUCCCUCCAAAAUCUUAAUGAAUUUAAGCACAGCCUUGCUUUGUCUCAACCUGGUCUUCCUCCUCGAUGGCUGGAUUGCAUCAUUUGAUGUAGAAGCCCUUUGCAUCGCUAUUGCUGCCCUGUUGCAUUAUUUCCUUCUGGCGACCUUUACGUGGAUGGGCUUGGAAGCUGUUCAUAUGUAUAUAGCUCUAGUAAAAGUAUUCAAUACCUACAUUCGCCGAUACAUACUCAAAUUUUGCAUCAUUGGGUGGGGCUUACCUGCGGUGGUUAUAAUAAUUGUUCUAGCAGUCACAAACACAAAUGCAAAUAGUAUUUAUAACAAAGAUCUUUAUGGCAAAAAUACUAAGGGGCAAGGUGGAGAUGACUUCUGCUGGAUAAAGAACACUAGUGUGUUUUAUGUGACCUGCGUUGGCUACUUUGGAAUCAUGUUUCUCAUGAACAUUGCCAUGUUUGUUGUGGUGAUGAUGCAAAUCUGCGGGAGAAAUGGAAAGCGAAGCAAUCGGACUAUGCGGGAAGAGAUUCUGAGGAACCUCCGUAGUGUGAUUAGCUUGACCUUCCUACUAGGCAUGACCUGGGGCUUCGCUUUCUUUGCCUGGGGGCCAUUAUAUCUGCCCUUCGUGUACCUCUUCUGUAUUUUCAACUCCUUGCAAGGGUUAUUUAUAUUUGUAUUCCAUUGUGCCAUGAAAGAAAAUGUCCAGAAACAGUGGAGACGGCAUCUCUGUUGCGGUAGAUUCAGGCUUGCAGACAACUCAGACUGGAGUAAAACAGCAACUAAUAUAAUUAAGAAGAGCUCUGACAAUCUGGGCAAGUCCUUAUCCUCCAGUUCCAUUGGUUCUAACUCAACUUACCUGACUUCUAAAUCAAAAUCUACAUCCAAUACGUAUCUUCAAAGGAGCAGCCAUUCUGACAAUGUUUUUCUUGACAAGCAUUCGCCAAAAUAUGUCCAAGUGGACACAGAGCAGACAUCAAUCAUCCCGGUUCAUCAGGUUAUUGACAAAGUGAAGGGAUACUACAGUACUCACUCAGACAACUUCUACAAAAACAUCAUCAUGUCAGACUCCUUGAGCCACAGCACAAAGUUCUGAAUUUCUGGAACAAUAAAAUUCAACAAACAGCAUGAAGAUUAAGAAUGAAUAAGGACUUGAUUACAGAACGAGGAAAAAAUACCAAAGUCUUGUGCUUUAUCCAGUUAUUGUUUGUCUAGCAACUUCAGCGGAAAAAAACAGUUGUCCUCGUUUAGGAAAUAUAACAUCUGAUUAAUGUCUUCACUUACACAAUAGUCACGCUGACACUUCUGCAUCAGGACACUUGUCAAACUUCUGUCUUUCCCCAGUGGCGUAUUAGUUAUAUGUUGACCCCAUCUGUAUCAUUGCAAAAAUUAAGAAGACCCUAAAAACCCCAAAUUUCUGACUUUUUAUAUUUGCUUUUAUUUGAAAAUAUAGAUAUUAUAUAUUUUUAAUUCCUUCUUGGAUGUUUAGUGCAAUUUUUUUAGAUAUCCCCCCCCCCCUUGGAGAAAGCCUAUUAUUGGCGAAUUAAUGAAUGCUUGUGCCUAAAGUCACAAAGCCAAACUAUUCAGAUAAGAUACCCUGAAUCUUGCUUGCAAAGUCUGGGCCAUAUUUAUAGCUUUGCGGAUGGCAAAAGUGGGGAAGAGCUUCUUUGCCUUUAGAGGUGCUUAAUGAAUAAUUUUGCUAACUUGAAAGUUUGCAUAGUCCUGGACCCAAAGGAAUUUGGUCCAACAAUAGAUCACCUUCCUAAUCUAUUAUCAAAUGAGAAGGUUUGCAUGCCAAGCACUAAAUGUAAAUCUUUAUUGUUACUACAAUGGAUGAAAUUUCACAUAGUUUGCCUUAAUCUCAGAGCUCCUUACAUACAUGAGAACUCCUGGUUGGAAUAUGAAUGGACACUUUCCCAAAUGAUUCCAACAUUAAGAGAAACUCAGUGCUAUCCCAUGGCCUACUGAAGUAAUAGAGCUAUUAGAUGGGGAAACUCUUUGUGCACAGCAGAGUAUUGGAACGUAUGGUUGUUAAUCUGUUCACAUUUACACACACUGCUCAUAUGCACAUGGAAAUGUAAAAGAUGGAUUGCACAUAAGCGUACUUCGUGUGUACUAAGGUGUUUCAAUCCACCAACACAGUUGAAGUGCUCUCAUUCACGUUUUCUGUUUCAUUAUUUCCUUCCACUAAAGCAGUCAAACCCAUAGCUGCCAAGUUAUCCCUUUUUUACAGGGAUUUUCCCUUAUGCUGAAUAGGCUUCCUCGCGAGAAAAGGGAAAACUUGGCAGCUAUGCUCAAACCAUCCUCCUGAUCAACACUACCAUUCACAUUUUUACUUCCCUACAUUUUUAUAAAGUGCUUUGAAUUACAACUCAUGGCUGUAACAAUCAUGCCUAGAUCCACUGGAAUCAGUAUGCUUAAUUCUUGGAAAUUAUCUAGUAAUAUUAACUGUAAAUAUAUACAUUCCAUUUUUCAUUUAGAUAAAAUUUGGGGUUAAGAAAGGAACUCGCCAAAUGCAAUAAAAAUUAGAGGCAAAACCCCAAUGUUAUCACUGUUCAGCACCAGUACAGUUUGACUCACUUCAGGUAAGUUUGUAUAGGAUCGCUGUUCCUACAAGUGACCAAUCAUAGAUUUCCCCUCAUAUUAUAUGGUGCUGCUAUUCGUAGGUAUGCAGUACAACAGCAAUUUGAGUGCUUACUCUUAAUAUCAAUAGCUGUCAAGUUCUCCCUUUUUUUUAAAGGGAAAUUCCCUUAUGCUGAAUAGGCUUCCUCGUGAGAAAAGGGAAAACUUGGCAGCUAUGUUAAUAUCAUUUCAAAUAUUUUACGGUUAAUUACAACACUGUUCUACUGCAUCACAUAUAUUUAAGAAUUAGGAUUUUGUUACACGGAGGUCACUUGAAUUAGAAACUGCUUAGGUCCUAUUUACAAUUAAACAGCUAAGCCAAGUGUUUCUCCUCAAAAUGUGAAUGAAUUAAUUCCCAAUGACAAUAAUCUAAUGGGGUUGAAUGGCUUCUCCAUGGAGAAGAACAAUUUGUAUCUGAGCAUUGACCAAAUUUGUAUAAGACUUUCUUAAUGGCUUCCAGAAAGUAGCUUUAGUGUGAGAUUUCUUUUAUAUAAUUGUUUUUAAAGGGAAAAUAAGAGAAUAGAAAUGCUUGUGAAUUAAAAUUAAUAAAAUACCAUAGUUCAGUAAGAUGAAAAAGUAGAAUUUUCCUGAGUCCUAGGUAUUGUCUGACCAACAGAUUAAUGUAUGGUUUGCCUAUAUUUUCACUAAAUUAAGCAUAUCCUUUGCUUUUACUACCAUGUAGUAAUCUUAAACUGUCUUAUUUCACUUAUACAUUUUCAAAUACUGUUUUCCCCCCCAUUGUAAAUCUUUGGUUGUCUUGUUGACAAAGCAUCACCUCUCUUGUAUAUAAUUAUUUAUUUUUUGAGGUUUUAAAAUAUGUCAGCAUAGUGUUAGCUGCAUACUGGCUUUGUCUGUGAUUAUAUGCAACUGUUAAAUGCAUCUUUCCACAAGAGAGGGAGAGAAAAAAAUCAUCUCAAAUAUGCAUAUAUAUGUUUUGUAUUUUCUACAUGAAAAGUAUAUUGUGUAUGAUAUUGCUAGCAGUUUGAGGGAAGCAGUGGUGUAACUUCAAAUACUAGUCAUUAAGCACUAGUGAGGUGGACUUAAAGUCUGGCCAAAAGCAGAAAUACUUUUUAAAGCAUUCAAUUUGUUAGUACUCCAAAUAAUUAAAAAAAAAUUAAAGCUGUGAGUGGCUUUGUUUCUUUGCAACUGAGCAGAGAAAUUGUUCCAUAAAACUCUGGGGAAUAACCUAUUAAUCCUGA